GCCCCCCAGGAAAGUUAGUUUGGUGGAGGGCAUAGCUGUCCAGAUCAAGUCCUUGCUGCCGCCAUGCAGAGAGGAGAGGAGCCCAAACCUUCUUGACCCAGGUCCAGUUUGUCUGUGGCUCUCUUACCUCCCGCAGUCCCCACCCCCACACCCCCUCGCCAUCGUGCAAGGUGGUGCGCAAUCCACCACAGGAGCGCAGCAAGGCACCUCACUGAGUACCCUGCUCUCCUUCACUAGGCAGCUUGUCACCCGCCCAAAGGGCACUUUUGCAGGGCUCCUUUUAUUCCCCUUCCCUCCUCCUAUCCGCAAUCGGAGCUCAGUGUUCUCUCGGCCUGGCAGCUUCUUCGUUUAUGCGGGAGGUGAGGUGAGCGCAGAGGCAGUGUGCGCUCCUGCCUGGACUCCUGCCCAGUCUUCUCCGCUGUCGGUCCGGGCUCCACUCGGCACAGCUUGCUCCUGUCCGCCUUCCGCAGGCGCAGGCAGCUCCUGGGGGGACCGCAUGCGUGCGCUCGCCACCACCGAGGCCGCCCUCCCGCCAGCGCCCGCGGUACAGUGACAUGCUUAUGACGGGGAAAGAUCUAGCCAAGCCAGCCUUUUGGUACCCUUCAAAGAACUCCGGUUAGGCUUCAGCCUCUUUUGACUUUGGGUUGCUCGUGGGUGUACCUGGACCUUUUCUGAAGUGAGCAAGGUGGGACCCUAUCCAGAAUGCUUCCAUUACUUUCUCCCAUUUUAUUAUUUUUAUUCAUGUUCUGCUUUUUUUUCUGUUGGGGAGAUUUUCUUUUCCUUCUUUUCCUUCUCUACUUUGGCCUGGAUCGCUUUCUUUGAAUAAGUUCGCUUCAUUUGAAAGUGACAAGCGGCAGGCAGCCCUUGGAGAGCCAUCUCUCUGCUUUGGAUUGAAGACCUUUUCACUCUAGUCUGGAGAAAGAAGAUUCUACAAUUACCUGCCACUCAACACCUGCUGCUCCAGACAGCAGCAGCACUUGCUUGAGCACAACUUCCUGUGAGGAAGACCAGGACUCUCAACUGAACAGCCAACUGAUAAUGUUUCCUAGGCGCCCGAGUGGAAGCACUGUGCAACCAUGAGUCUUCUAAUACCCAGACUUAAGAUACUCUCCAGUAUCCUACAAAACAGCAUGAUGGCUUUGCAAUUAAGCCGCAACGUGAGCGACGAUGGCAUGGAUGAGUACACAAAUAGCACCGAUAACUCGACUGCCCCGACCUCGGCUCCCGGACACAUCCGCAAGAACUGGCCUGCCCUCCUGAUCUCGAUCGUCAUUAUCAUCACUGUUGCUGGCAAUAUCCUGGUGAUCCUGGCCGUGGCCCUGGAGAAAAAGCUGCAGACCGCGACCAACUUCUUCUUGAUGUCUCUGGCCGUGGCGGACAUGUUAGUCGGGUUAUUAGUAAUGCCGGUGUCUGUCGUCACCAUCUUCUAUGAAUACACCUGGCCUCUUCCGAAGCAACUCUGCCCGAUGUGGAUCUCCCUCGAUGUGCUCUUCUCGACUGCGUCCAUCAUGCACCUCUGCGCUAUCUCCCUGGAUCGCUACAUUGCUAUCCGGAACCCGAUUGAGCAUAGCCGCUUCAACUCUCGCACCAAGGCCCUGCUGAAGAUUGCCAUUGUCUGGACCAUCUCGAUGGCUGUGUCCUUGCCCAUCCCAAUCAUUGGCCUGAGGGAUGAGAGCAAGGUCUUUGUGAAUGGAAGCUGCAGCCUGAACGAACCCAACUUCGUGCUCAUUGGCUCCUUCGUGGCGUUUUUCAUUCCGCUGUUCAUUAUGGUCAUCACUUACUGCCUGACCAUCCAGGUCCUGCAGGGCCAGAGCAGCGUGUUCGGGCCUGGGGAGAGGCGUAGGAGGCGCUCUAGGUUUGGUUGCCUGCGGAGGGAGAGGAGUGCCCACAACAUCUCUAUGAUUCACAAUCCCAAUACUGGGGUGCCUGUUCGUCUUAUUUCUCCGGGCCAUCGGGAGGGCUAUCGUAAGGGGACCAUGCAGGCCAUUGCUAAUGAGCGUAGGGCUUCCAAGGUGCUUGGCAUUGUCUUCUUUCUCUUCCUGCUCAUGUGGUGCCCAUUCUUUAUCACUAAUAUCAUGGCGGUUAUUUGCACUCAGUCUUGUCGCAAGUCAACUAUGGAUGAGCUCCUGAGUGUGUUCGUUUGGGUUGGAUAUGUGUGCUCUGGCAUCAACCCUCUGGUGUACACCCUUUUCAACAAGACCUACCGCCGGGCCUUCCUCAAGUACCUUAGCUUUGGAUGGUUGGGGAAAACCAAGAGCCCUCCCAGGCAGCUCCCAGUCAGUGCUGCUAACCUGUACCCCAGGGAAUACACUGGCCGUCAGUACACUGGGAGGGACUUUACCCCAAGGGUAUUUGUCCCAAGGGAAUACAGCCCCAGCCAUGAUGAGGAUGUGCCCCAGAUUGUCCCCUUUGAGGAGAGGCCCAAUACUGAAGUAGUUGAGGUGGUGAUUGAGAUGGAGCCUUGCUCUCCCCAGCCAGCGGAAGCAAUAGUUGAGGAUACCUGUACUAUGGUCAAUGAGAAGGUCACUUCUGUUUAAGGUCUCACCCUGAGCUUCGGCUCAACAUGAAGACCCGGCAUAGGAAAUCCAGUCGAGUGAAUUAGCACAGGAGAUUGACUCGUGAGAAUUUCCUGUGCCGCUUAGAAAUCCCUGUAAAUAUAGCAUUCCAAGCAAAGGUGUUUGAGUAUGGCUUUGCAAUCUUGUACUUUGAUUCAUGCCUAUGAGUGAGGUUUAAAGUUUUAUAUUUACUGUACACAAAAGAUUUCUAAAAGACCAAUUAUUCAAAUCUGUUCUAUUAGCUGAAUAAAAAAGUCAACCUCUUUUUAAGUAUUGGAGGAAGAAACGGGCUGUCUCUCUUGGGUGACACUUUCCUAGGCCACACUAAAAUCUACCCAUUUGGAAGCACGUUUUUCCAGACUGACAGUAAAUGUAUGCUUUAUAUUCUUGCUCUCUUCAUGCAUGCACAUUGUCAUCAUGAGAUGAGGUUCUGACCAGCCUUGUUCGAUAUGGGCAUUUGACAACACUGCCCAUCCCCCAAACGCAGGACCGUGGAGUGCAAGGACAAGAAGAGAUACAUAUACCACUAGCUUAUCACCUCCCGAGGACCACAUUUCAAAUUCGGAUUUCAGCACCAUUCUCUUGGUGGUCCUCGGUCAAAAAACUUAGUCCCACGACGGAGCUUAGUGAUACAGUCCUGGAGCUAUUUACCCAUUCUGGGAUUUGAGAUUCCCUGGGAGGUCAAACCCUUGAUCCUAGAAUCCCUUAUUGCUUUAGAAAAUAAGCAAGCAAAAAAAAAAAUCAAAAGGCAAAUUUACAAUACCUUCUAGCCUUAUAUUGACAGAGAUUUUAAGAGAAAAAAAAAUAAACUAAAAGAAAGAAUCAAGUACCUCUCUUUAGGGCAAACUUCCGUAGCCCUUUCUCAAGCAAAGCUCAUAGCUAGAGCUUGAAGGGUAACACCUGGAAAGUCAAGAGGAGGAGACUUUACAAGUCUUAACUUGAUUCAGUACUACGGAAGCAGGCCCUUGGAAUGUCAAUCUAUCAAAAUGCUUAUCUGACUCUGGGAAUAAAAAGAAAUACAGAGUUUCCAUUGGAUUUUUCAAAGCUAAAGUUAUCUCCUGUUUGGCUCCUUCCUCACAUUAGCUAGUGUAAGCAAAGGCUACAGCUGAUUUGUGCAAGUGGCAAGCUUGUCAUCGUAUUACAAUCAUGUACAAGAAGUUAAGCCUUGUGACCAAUUUGUAUUGUGUCCUAUUUUGUGUGUUCUUUGCGGAUCUGCCGCUCUCUUAAGGAUUCCAUUUCAGUUCCAUGACCAUCCUCACUCAGAGCCCCAACAAUAGGGCCUGAGAAUUACUCACGUCUGGUCAUCCAGUCUAUACUGUGUGCAGAGUAGACAAGUGUUCCCAGUGAUUGUGUUUCUGUUUGUGUGUCCAUUUCACACAGAUCUGUGGCUUUCCCUGAGGAUUCCAUGAUGCUAGCUUAUGCCCGACAUUAUUUGCACGGCCUCCGAGUGUACGUUCCAAAUUCUGGAAACUGGAGGUGGCAGAAUCUGAAUACCCAGAACCCCGGGGCCCAAUCUUUGACGGCCAGCUUUGACGCAAGCAGCAGUCCAUGCUCGUGAAAAGUCCAAUGUGAGAUUACCUUCCUAGUUAGAGGAUGAAAACCGAGAGGCAGUGGGAGAGCCACCACCCUGGGCAAAACCAGGGUGGCCUCAGCCUGCUUUGCAACACUGACAGGUGUCAGUCAUUUCUUCGAGCAUGGAUUUCUCCUUCUCCCCCCAAAAAACAAAAGCGUCACAAGAAGGUCCAAGUCAAUCUGCCCAUCUGCUCUGUUGAACCACGUCUAAGCGUUCCCACGACCAGCUGGACGAGAUCCAGCUCGUCCAUCCCAAAAUGACACUGUCUAAAGAAACCCUGCAUGCGAACCACAUGUGUCGCACAAUUCUAUCUCUGUGUAUUUCUGUACAGCAGAGUAGCUGAAACUACAGGGGACUGAAACACCACCUUUAGCAGCCCUCAGGCUGAUUCAAAACCAUGUUCCCCUCCCCACCCCCCAACCCUCUGGUUCAGAUCUGAAGUAGUGAGUAUCAGAGAAAAGGGGAGACAUCUUAUUUCUUCUGUCAAAUAUAAAGGGUAAGCUCAUAGCACAUGUUAACAGAAAUCCUUUGAAAAACCCACAGACUUUCAAUUGCACUAGCAAUAAACUCCAACGAUAACUAGCUUAGAGCACAUUUGUGGACAGUCUCCAUAUUGUCACACAGUCGCAUCAAGUAAAUCUCACAUGGUCAUGGUUCUCCAACUCCUGUGCUAAUCACCAAUUUUCUGUGUUCAAUAUUAAACUACUAUCUAUAUCUACAAGUUAUCUUAAUGUCUAUUAAUGUUUAAAAAAAACAAAAAAACUUGCAUGAUAGAUUAUUAAUAGAUUAUUAAUUGCAACCUUAAUGUUCAAUGGAAUCUCUAUAUUGAUGUAUUAUUAUAAUCUCUAUAUUAAUGAUAAGAAUUGAGGAAUUAAGGAUUGCCUUGUAUAUUCCCUCUCUCCCUGACCCCUUGUCUGAAGGUAAUCUUUUGUGAAUGAUCUCUAGGUAGCCUGCUGUCAAGAUACCUGGUGCCUAGAUAUAUCACCUGCACCAGAUCUUUGUGAAAUUUCUCUUAAUUUAUUCAAUAGUAAG